AUGCAAACGACAAUGCAUUAUCACAAUCCCAUCUUAAAAUACCCAAUCCCCAAUCACCAAUUUCAUCGUUUUACGCCAAUACCCAACAAAUUUAAAAAUGCCCCAAUCAAAAUUGGCUUGGCGGCGGCUAUGGUAGAUCUGACCUUGAGACGAUUGUCGUCGUCGUCGUCAUCGUCGUCCUCAUCAUCAUCAUCAUCAUCAUCAUCACCCAGUUCAUUUCUCCAAAUCCCAAUCUCAUUGUUUUCUGUUGCUAUUCAUUCUCAACAACAUAUGGCCACCAACAAAACUGAACCUCUAGAUUCAAAAACACACAAUAUAAAUAAGAAAGAAGAAGAAAAGAAAUUGCCGCCGCCGCCGCCGCCGGAGAAGCCGGAGCCUGGGGAUUGUUGUGGAAGCGGAUGUGUUAGGUGCGUAUGGGAUGUGUAUUAUGAAGAGCUUGAAGAAUAUAAUAAGCUUUAUCAAUCCCAUUCUGAUUCUAAGCGCCCUUGAUAUUAUACUAUAUUCUACCCAUAUUCUUUGCCCUUGUAUUGUUGCUCGUUUUCAUUCUUUCGGAUAUUUUGUGUUCUUGAUCUUGGGUUUUUUUUACUUGUAAAAAUUCAUAAUUGAUUGAUGAGUUCUACUUGUUAAAUAAAUAUAAACAGAGGAUAUUAAUAAAGAUCA